AAUUGAAGUGUUGAUUUACGUUAGGACUCGAAGUACUCUGUUGCUGACUGAACACUAAUUUGAAUGAAUGCAUGUGUAAAAGAAGUUGCAUUAGUUGUUUUUAGUUAUCACUACACCAUUGUUAUUAUUUAAAUGCAACGAUAUUGCUAGUCGAGCGAAGUUGCAGCACAAGUCACUAGAGUCUAGUCUAAGGAGUUUGCUAGCUAACGUUUAUCGUGUGACCUGCUGUUGCAAUUCUAGCCAGUGCUAACGUGGCACAAACAAGGGGAAGAUGGAGUUUGCUGCUCUUAUUGCCUUGACCUUAUUAAUAGGAAUGCUGAUAAUUUUAGUCGCUAUCGCAGUGGGAAAGCAGAAAGGAGAAUUAAGUGGACAACUGGAGCAAAAAGAAGUUAAUUCUGUUGCUGAGGAAAAUGCAGUAAAGGCUUCCACUGCCAAGAAAACAAAACAACAACUGCGUCCUCGCAAAGAGAAAACACAGCAGCACACUUUCAGCCACCCACUGCUGGCAUCCUCUUUGAAGAGUCAUAGUGGCAAUGUGACGUCCCUGGACUUCAGCAGCAAUGGAAAAUACCUAGCCACCAGUGCUGACGACCGCACGGUCAGGAUAUGGAGCACCAAGGACUUCCUUGACAGAGACCAUAAAAGUCUGAGGGCCAACGUAGAGCUGGACCACGCCACCCUGGUCCGUUUCAGCCCUGAUUCAAGGGCCUUUAUUACUUGGCUUGCUAAUGGAGACACAAUUCGCGUAUUCAAGAUGACUAAAAAGGAGGACGGUAGCUUUACUUUCAAAGCUGCCCCUGAAGACUUCCCUCAGAAACACAAGGCCAGUGUCAUCAACAUUGGCAUCGCAGAGACUGGCAAGUUCAUUAUGAGUGCCUCCACAGACACCAACAUCCUCAUCUGGGACCUAAAAGGAGAAGUGUUGGCCUCUAUAAACACCAACCAGAUGACCAACUCCUAUGCUGCUGUAUCACCCUGUGGACGGUUUGUGGCCUCCUGUGGAUUCACUCCAGAUGUGAAAGUGUGGGAGGUGUGCUUUGGGAAAGCUGGAGAGUUCAGAGAAGUAGCCCGUGCCUUUGACCUGAAGGGCCAUUCAGCUGGGGUCCACUCCUUCGCAUUUUCUAACGACUCACGCAAAAUGGCCACGGUCUCCAAGGAUGGCACAUGGCGGCUGUGGAACACCGACGUGGAGUACAAAAAACAACAGGACCCCUACCUCCUUAAGACAGUACCUUGCCAGUCGUCGGAAGGCAGCCGCGUGGCCUUGUCGCCGGACGCCCGCGUGGUCGCCAUCUCCAAUGGCUGCAACGUGGCCAUGUACAGCACCUCCACGGGUCAGCUGGAGGAGGAGUUCCACGGAGUUCACAGCGAGGAGAUCACUGACCUGAGGUUUGAUAUUAAUAGCCGCUACUUGGUGUGCAGCGGGGACCGGGCUGUCCGUGUGUUCCACAACGCACCCGGCUACCGGGCGGCCAUCCAGGACAUGCAGGCCAUGCUGAAGAAGGCUCAGAAUGAGGGCAUGAAACAGAGGCUACAGCAGCAGAUAGAGGAGGCGCAGAGUGCACUGGACACUAUUCUCACAGCACCCAAGGACUGAAGAACUUAAGACCGACCGGGAUGGAUAUGUAGGCCCCUUUUACUAUGUCUGCCAUCUUUCUUUCUCUGUCCCAUUCUCGCACACUGCCUGUACAUGGAAUGGCCUGCAAUUCGACUCCUGGGUAAAUUUAUUUUAAUUGAAUAACUGUGGAACCAUCUGUUUUGAUUUCUGCAACACCUUCCAUACAUAUGUGUCCAUGUUAGAAGUAUUGAGAAUGUGACUUUUUCAGACCUGAAUGCCAAAACAUUCAAGAUAUAAAGGUAUUCAGAUCUGACCCAGUUCUGACAGUUUUUUUACUUUUCACUCACUGAUUUUAAUUGUUAAUUCUUAGAUGUUAUAGCUCAGACCCUACUUCAAGGUUUUUUCUGUUGUGCCCACUAGCAGUUGAGAGAGAAUGCUCUUGAAUAUCAAUCAGAUUUAUUCAAUAAAGCCCUUUUUACAUGA